AUGACCACCUUCCCAAUCCUAACAAAAGUUAUGGAUAAAGUAACUACUUUAUCCUUGUCUGAAAAUCAGUUGAAAAUCUUGAAUUCUUCUAGAAUAUUUGAUGGAUUACUAAAUUUGGAAUACCUGUACUUGCAAAACAAUCAAAUAGAUAGGAUUACCAAUGGAACAUUCCUAAACUUGAAUAAGUUAAGAUUUCUGCUUUUGAAUGGGAAUCUAUUAAAUUCUUUGAGUUCUUCAAUAUUUGAAGGAUUAAAAAGCCUGAAAUCUUUGUAUAUCUAUAAUAACAGGAUUGAAAAGAUCGCAAACGAGCCCUUUGCACAAUUAAAUAAUUUGAUAAGGCUAGACCUAAAUGGGAAUUUAUUGAACACUAUUCAUCCUGGAAUAUUUAAAGGGCUACAAAGAUUGAUUCACCUGUCAUUGCAAGGAAAUCUUUUGCGAGGUUUGAAUUCUCCUGGAAUAUUUGAAGGGAUUAGAAGAUUACGUCACCUAUAUUUAGGAAACAAUAAGAUAGAAAAAAUAGUAGACGGAGCAUUCGCAGAUCUUUACUGGUUAAUGACACUUGAUUUGAAGGACAAUUUAUUGAAAGCCUUAAACUCCCAUAAAAUACUGCAAGGAUUAUAUAACUUAAAGUACCUAUACCUAGACAGAAAUCAAAUAGAAAGAAUUACAGAUAAAGUUUUUGCCAAUUCUAGAUUUCUCUAUAAAUUGUAA